GAAAUUCCCUUGUGCCCAUUUUUUUCUUUUUAAUCUGGUGAUUAUCGUUAUUGGCUGCACCGGCGAGUGAGUGGGCGUGGGAAGAGGCCAUAUAAUUGCCCGCUUGGCCACUGGCCACUGACCACUGUUUUACUCUUCCCCCGCCCACGGAAAUAUAGGUUCAGCCGUAGCAUGGCUCCCCGCUGUAGGCUUUAAGAAUACGCGAAACAAAAAAUACCUUCCUUAUAUUUGGUCAAGUGUUGGAGAAGAGUGUGAUUGUGCGUGGAUCUGAUUAACACAGAGGCAACCAGGACACAUGGACUGUUGCAAAGCAUUAACUUACGAACAAGGCGCAUGCUUCAAGUUCGAAAACCGCUGCCCUUGCUGACGUUACCAUUGAUAGCCACUGACUCUCGCUAUAAGAAGAACUUAAGUCCAGAUUGGGUAGCACAAGAAACCCGCUAGAUUUUAACUUUUAACUCCUCUCAUGGCCUCGGGCUCUCCUCAGAAGGCAAACCAGUGGCACUUGGGUGUAUAUAAUACCCGGGUCCUCGGCACUUCGAAGCUUUUGACAAAAUUCACCUCUUCCUCUUUCGGUGACUGGCAUAUCUGACCUGCAAUUAACGAAGCGCAUUUCUCGUCCUUUUCCUGAAGCCAUUCCAUUAAAAACCCAAAACGGCCAGUGUGCUUUUGUGCGAUUUACCCUGUGUGGCAUGGCUAACUGGAGUCGGAAAGAGGAUGUUUCGUCCGUCGAAAGCCAAGUGAAGAAUGAAUAUUCUGAGGAGAAUGUCCCUGCGGAGCCUGAGGGCGUGGUUGAUGAGGAUGAGAAGGGAGUCGCCCUGCGUCGUGGCUUGAAGGCUCGGCAUAUUACUAUGAUUGCUAUUGGCGGUGCCAUUGGGACUGGUCUUAUUAUUGGCACAGGUUCUGCUCUGGCAAAGGCUGGCGUAAGUGAUUGCUAUGCCUGAAGGAUGGCGUGCGCAAUGUCCGAAGGACUGGAAUCUCUAACUCUUUACAGCCUGCGUCUGUUUUGAUCUCGUAUUCGGUAGUCGGCUUCAUCGUGUAUGUCGUUAUGUGCGCAGUUGGCGAAAUGGCAGCAUGGCUUCCCACUCCCUCAGGGUUUACCGGUUAUGCUGUUCGCUUUUGUGAUCCUGCACUAGGUUUUGCGCUCGGUUACCUAUACUAUUGUAAAUACAUCAUCGUUACUCCAAACCAACUGACCGCAGGCGCAUUAGUGAUUUCCUACUGGGUUGACAGGGAAAGGGUGAAUCCAGGAGUUUGGAUUACGGUCUUCUUGGUCACGAUAGUGUGUAUCAACUACUUCGGCAUUCGAUUUUUCGGAGAAUUCGAAUUUUGGUUGUCCUCUUUCAAGGUCAUCGUCAUCAUCGGCUUGAUACUGCUGUCUCUGAUCCUUGCUUUAGGUGGAGGCCCGGAUCAUGACAGAAAGGGAUUCCGCUACUGGAAGGAUCCAGGUGCUUUCAACACGUAUAUCAAGGAGGGUUCAUCAGGCCGCUUCCUUGCAUUUUGGUCGACCAUGGUUACGGGAACUUUUGCUUUCCUCGGUACUGAGCUCGUUGGUGUUACUGUAGGGGAAGCUCAGAACCCUCGAAAGACCAUCCCUCGCGCUAUUAGACUCACCUUUUACCGGAUCCUUUUCUUCUAUAUCCUCAGCGUGUUCCUGCUGGGAAUGUUGGUUCCAUAUAACUCGAGAGAACUUGCAUUCGCGGCUAAAUCAUCUAGUUCCGCUGCUGCCUCCCCAUUCGUUGUGGCCAUCGAACUUUCCGGUAUCAGAGUUCUCCCUGGAAUUCUCAAUGCGUGCAUUUUGAUUUUCGUCUUUUCCGCUGCCAACUCUGACUUGUACAUCGCGACAAGAACCAUCUACGGCCUCGCCCGGGAGGGGAAAGCACCAAGGAUCCUUGCCAGGACGGACCGGAGAGGUGUUCCCAUUUAUGCGCUGGGCAUGUCUGCAUUAUUUGCUCUGUUGGCAUACAUGAACGUUUCCAACGACUCCAAGGUUGUGUUCGGCUAUUUCGUUAACCUAGUUACCAUUUUCGGGCUGCUGACCUGGAUCUCCAUCCUUGUUACACACAUUUGCUUCAUUCGUGCACGCAAAGCACAAGGUGUCCCAGAGAGCUCGCUCGCUUUUAAAGCACCCUUCGGUUCAUUUGGCUCAUACGGUGCCCUCGCAUUCUGCAUUCUCAUCGGUCUUACCAAGAACUUCGAAGUGUUUGUUCAUGACCCGGACACAUACGGAAAUUUCGACUACAAGAACUUUAUCACAGCGUACUUGGGUGUCCCGCUGUACCUCAUUCUCAUCUUCGGGUACAAAUUUUACAAUAAAACGUCGGGUGUGAAGCCUCAUGAGGCUGAUUUGUGGACGGGAAAGGACAAGAUCGAUCGUGAGGAGGCUGAGUUUUUAGCAAGAAAAGCGGCGGAGACCAAAAGUUAUGAGAAGGCUGGGUUCUUCUAUCGGACUUUUGUGUCUUGGCUCUUCUAAGAGGUGUGAUGCCGGAAUGAACGUUAUGCUCUCUUUUGGAUUUCUGCUCCUUUCUUUGGUUGGUUUUCUUUUUUUUUUUUCCCCUUCGGGGCUACAUUAUAAGCCCCAGCAAAGAGGCGCUGAAGGUUUGGGCCAGGGAUCAAUACAUGCAUUGCCGUUUGCCAAAAUUUUGCAGCCUACGGUUUUGUAUCACUGACUUUCGACUACAUGAUUAUGAUUUUUAAAUUUCUAUUCAUUCUCUAUGUGCAAUUAUCAUCAUUUUCGAUCUCCUUCUAUUGGUUUGUUUUUUUUUUUUCUUUUUUGACAAGGCUGUCCUGUUCAAACUGAUACUGAGAUCAAUGAGAUCUAUGACAGCUUACAGUGACAAAUGAGUCAAAUAACUUGUUUGAAUUCUUUUCAGUGAAAAAGCUUGAAAGUGUGUUCAAUUGCAUGCUCAACUUCAUAGAAGUUCUUGUAAGAGAUUCACUUGCAUUAUUUUAUAUACUUUAUGCAAU